AUGGGCUGUGGUGUUGGUUUUCUCAAAUUCCUCCUCAUCGGUCUCUGCGUUCUCUAUGGGGUAAUUGCAAUCGCCUUCUCCGCGGCCGGCAUCUACCUCAUUGUGCAAGUGCAGAAGGUACCUGAUCUUGGCGAUGCGGCAAAAUGGGCUCCUGGACUCUUAGUGGCCAUCGGAAUUUUCCUCGGAGUUGUUGCUACUUUUGGCUGUGCGGGCGCAGUGACGGGAAAUAGGUGCCUUCUUAUCAUUUUCGCCACAUCGACAAGUGCCAUACUGGCGGCAGCCUUUAUUUAUGGUUUAACGAUUUUGGUUGUUGGUACGCAGAUGACUAACUUAAUGCUGGAUGUCCUGAUUGAGGUUUUCAACAAUGAUCAGGAGGCAGCGAAAACCUGGUUGGGUGCGAUUGAAACUGCGGGCUGUGGCCUGCAGACCGCGAACAAGAUGCUGGAGUCCUCAAAGGCAAUUGGCGGAUGUUGCAUUGCCCUUGCGAUUGUUCAAGUCUUUGCGGUCAUUGGGGCAUAUAUGUUGAUGUCAAAGUCAGCCUCCUAUGAACGGGUUUAA